AUGCGUCCGCCCCCACCGCCACUCUCCAUCCUCCCGCUACACAUGAUCGUCCGCUCCCUCCUCACGACGACCGUCUCCUCGUCACCGAUUCUCCUGCCGCCGUCGCUGUGGAUCAUGUCCGUCCUCGCGCACACAACCAACCCCGUCCUUGACUCCGAUAGGAAUCCGCUGCUGCGCGUCUUCCUGAAAAGCACCUUUUAUGCCCAGUUCUGUGCGGGCGAGAACCCGGCCGAGGUCGGUCGGACGAUCGACAGCCUCAAGGACAUUGGCUUCACGGGCGUCAUUUUGGGUUACGCCAAGGAGGUCGUCCUGACGGCGGCCCAGACCCAGGACCUGGCGGCGUGCAGCGAGGGGGAAAAGGCGGCGGAGUGUGUUCGGAACGAGAUCAUCCCGUGGGCUCAAGGGACGAUGGAGACAGUCAGGUUGGCGCAACCCGGGGACUUUGUUGCCCUCAAGUUCACAGGUGCUGGCCGUCAAGCAUUAUAUUCCCUUGCAGAGCGUCUACCCCCUUCCGCCGCCAUGGCCGACGCCAUCGACUCCAUCUGCUCCCUUGCUGCUCAGCGCGGCGUCCGCCUGCUGUUCGAUGCCGAACAGGCCUCCCUCCAACCUGGUAUCGACGACUGGACCCUGAACUAUAUGCGCAUAUACAACACCGUUCCCGGGCAAGCAGUCAUUUACGGCACAUACCAGGCAUACCUCAAAUCGACUCCGCAGACCCUCCGGCGACACCUCCAGACGGCACAAACCGAAGGCUUUACGCUAGGCGUGAAGCUGGUGCGCGGCGCAUACAUCGGUUCUGAUCCCAGACACCUCAUCCACGAUACCAAGGCCGGCACGGACGCCUGCUACGAUGGUAUUGCUGAAAGCCUGCUAAGAAAGCAAUGGGGCGACGUCCUGCACGGAGGCUUUGAGAUGCCCCCCGUCAGCCUGGUCCUGGCGUCGCAUAACGCCGAGUCUGUCAGGCGUGCACGGGACAUUUGCGAGGCCGGCGAGGCCAAGAUCGACGUCGCCUUCGCGCAGCUCCAGGGGAUGGCUGACGAAAUCAGCUGCGAGCUAGUCUUGGCCAACAAGUCGAGAGACGCGCAGGAAAAGCAGAGUAAGGCUCGGGCCAUUGAAGCGUACAAGUAUCUCGUAUGGGGGUCAACCGGCGAAUGCAUGAAGUAUCUGUUGAGAAGAGCGCACGAAAACCGUGACGCGGUGCAGCGCACGCAGAAUGGGCGUGAUGCCAUGUGGAGCGAGUUGGUGAGGAGAGCCAAAUGUGCCUUUGGGGUAUCUGUAUAA